CAGCAGUGUGGAGCAACAAGCCGAAUAAGUGAAUGAGCGGCCGCACGUCGAAAAUGCACUUUUUCAUUAUUUAUUCGUGCGGUUCCACGGAAUAUUCGAGGAAUAACAAAUAGACCAGACCUUAUUCCUGAUUUUGAAAAAUACACGUCCGGGAAAUGUAUUAAAUCCGGGAGAAAAAAAUCUCGUUUUUGUGAUGGUGCAGCUGACGACACAUGUUGGGCUCAUCGCGACGCCGACGACGAUGACGACGCCUUUCUUCUUCAAUCCGUCCGCUAGCCGCAAUAUGAUGAUGUUGAUGAUGAUAUUGUUGAAGAUGAUUACGCUCUCGCUUUGAUUCUCUUUGAGUAUUUGCUCAACAAUAGUAAAUUCAUUCAAGAAAUUUCGGUUUAUUUUGAGGUGAAAAAUGGCACGAGCCCAAGCGCAGAACUUGAGGAAUUUCGUCAGCCAUAAAGUGGUUGAGGUGCCGGAGUCCCUGGUGGCUGGGGAGAAGUUUAUCAAAUGGGAAGAGGAUGGUGGCAUGGUAGGGACCCCAGUGACCCUAAGGGUGGACCCCAAGGGGUUUUACUUGUACUGGGUGGACCAGAACCACGAAAUGGACCUGAUCGAUAUCGCCCAUAUUAAGGAUACCAGGACUGGACGGUACGCUAAAAUACCCAAGGAGGCAAAGUUACGUCAGAUCGUUACGAUGGGUUCGCAAGACACACUGGAAGAAAAAACCGUGACGGUCGCUGUCGGACACGAUUUCGUCAAUAUCAAUUUUUACAAUUUCUGCUGCACAAAACGGGAAAUCGCACAACACUGGACCGAGGAACUGAUGAAACUUGCGUACAAUUUGACCCAGAUCAACGGCACGCCGCAGAUGUACUUGAGGAAAGCUUAUACGAAAUUGUGCUUACAAACUGAUAAGAGUGGGAAGAUACCUGUGAAAAACUUAAUAAAACUGUGUGCGCAGAGCAGAGACGACAAGAAGCGCCUAGAGACUGUCCUCAGCGGCUUGGGCUUACCUUAUGGCAAAAACGACACCAUCAGUCUGUCAAAGUUCACUUUUGAAGACUUUUUCAAGUUUUACGUGCAACUGACCACCAGGUCGGAGGUCGAGAAGGUUUUCAACGAAUUCGUUGGCACAAAGAAAUAUAUGACCGCCGAACAAUUCGUGGAAUUUCUGAAUAAGACUCAACGAGACCCACGACUAAAUGAAAUUUUGUAUCCGUACGCGGACACUGCCCGUGCCCGUGACGUCAUCGAGCAGCACGAGCCCAACAAGUACAUGGCUCAGAAGGGACAGCUCAGUUUCAAUGGAUUUCUGCGAUACCUGCUUUCUGAGGAUAAUAAUAUUAUUGCUGCCACCAAAUUUGAAUUGACAGACGACAUGGACCAACCUUUGGCACAUUAUUUUAUAAAUUCGUCCCACAACACCUACCUGUGCGGACACCAGUUAACCGGGAAAGCCAGUCCGGAAAUGUACAGACAAUGUUUGUUAGCCGGAUGUAGGUGUGUCGAGUUGGAUUUCUGGAACGGCCGCACUGAAGAACCGGUAAUCGUCCACGGGUACACCUUCGUACCGGAAAUUUCCGCCAAGGAGGUACUGGAGGCGAUCGCGGAAACCGCCUUCAAAACUUCCGAUUAUCCGGUUAUUUUGUCAUUUGAGAACCACUGUAAUCCGCGACAACAGGCGAAAAUUGCCGGAUAUUGUCGGGAGAUUUUUGGCGACAUGUUACUGGAAGCGCCCCUAGAUAGUCAUCGACUCGAACCGGGUGCCUCACUGCCUCCUCCUUCCUUACUAAAACGCAAAAUAAUUAUAAAAAACAAAAAGAAACACCAUCACCACCACAAACGGCCUCCAGCCGCCGUCGAAGCCCCGCAACACCCUCCGGAGGCCCAGGGCUCCAUAGAUCUGACCGGCAAUGGGGAGGCUCCUCUACCUCACCAUCCUCCCCCAUUACAAACCAGACAGGGUUCCAAAGAGUCUACAGGAACAGAAGACGAAGAAUCGAGUACAGACGACGAAGUGGAGCAUAUCGAAGGGGAGGCUCCGAUUAAUAAAAGCACAGAGGGAGGCUCCUCGGAACCGAACAAACAGAGCACGGAAACCGAGGCGGGGUCGGAAAUUUCCGCUUUAGUUAACUACGUGCAACCGGUGCACUUUUCUAGUUUCGAAAAUGCCAAAAAAAAGAAACGUUGCUAUGAAAUGUCCUCGUUCGAUGAACGUCAAGCCACCGCUCUCCUGAAGGAGUAUCCAAUACAAUUUGUUAAUUAUAAUAAACAUCAAUUGAGCAGAGUUUAUCCGGUUGGAACAAGAUUUGAUUCAUCGAACUUCAUGCCACAAGUCUUCUGGAACGCCGGUUGCCAACUGGUCGCUCUCAAUUAUCAAACGUUAGAUCUGGCGAUGCAGCUCAAUUUGGGCAUUUUCGAAUACAACUUCCGGUCCGGUUAUUUACUCAAACCGGAAUUUAUGAGGAGAACUGAUCGAAGGUUUUACCCGUUUGCCGAGUCCACCGUGGACGGUAUCGUAGCCGGAACCGUCAAGAUUCAAGUUAUUUCCGGUCAAUUUUUGACUGAUAAGAGGGUGGGGACUUAUGUGGAGGUGGAGAUGUACGGGUUACCGGCUGAUACUGUUAGAAAACGAUUUAAGACUAAGGUAAUUCCUUGCAACGGAAUCAAUCCAGUAUACGAUGAAGACCCUUUCAUAUUUAAAAAAGUGGUUUUACCCGAAUUGGCUUCGAUCCGGAUCGUCGCCUACGAAGAGGGAGGCAAAUUCAUCGGACACCGGAUUUUACCGGUGAUGGGCUUAUGUCCCGGAUACCGACACGUUAAUCUUCGAACUGAUUUAGGUCAACCUCUACCCUUAGCCACUAUCUUUCUGCACGUAGUAGUGAAAGACUACGUCCCGGACGGACUGUCAGAGUUCGCGGACGCACUGGCCAACCCGAUCAAAUACCAGAGCGAUUUGGACAAGAGAACGCACCAAUUGGCCGUACUGAUCGAGGGACUCGAACCCACCGAACAAGAAGAACAAAAAAAGAACAGUCUUGGACGAAACCCAAAGGAACAAAUAAACGGCAGUCCUCCACCGAACUCUGGCAACCCUACUUCAGUAGCAACUGCGGACGUGCAGAGCAACUCCUCUACGUCUGCCGCCACGUUGCCGAAUCUCUCCACCACCGAUGCAAACCCUCAAAGUAAACUGGUCGAAGUGAAAAUUGAGUGUAAAAAUGAGGAAAUUAUCGCGGAAACGUUGGAGAAGUUCAUGGAAAAUAAAUUGGUUAGAGAAAAGAAAUUGGAGUUGGACAAGAAGUUGGAGUCUUUACGGAAGAAGCACGAGAAAAAGAAGCAGAUUUUUCACUCACAGAAGAGCGGCGAUUGUAGCGAGAAACGCUCGAAACUGAUCAAUAUGAAGCUGGUGAAGAGACUGUCCAGUAAGAAUAUUUGUGAAAGAAGUUCUCUCAUUAGACUGUUUACGAGCAGCAGCGGAGUCUUCUCUACCGAAUCCCCAAGUGCUGAGCCCUUAACGUCCGUAGAAGACGUCGACGGCGGCGCAGAGGAAGCGUCCCGAAGCAUCGAAGAGAGAGGGAUACCUCGCAGCCAAUCAGAACGCCUGUUAGCCAUGAACAGAGACCUGAUGACUCAAGAGAAAGAAUUACGAGAACGUUAUUUGGACAGUAUCUAUUCGACAGUAGAAAAAGUGAUGAAGCAAAGCCAAAAUAGCCAGCUGAAAACUUUAAAGGACCAGUUUGAAAAGGAGACCAACGAACUGAUGCGAAAACUCCAAUCGGACCAUCGGGAGGAAGUGAAGAUGUUGGCGAAGAAACAUCGAAACCGUGAACAGUUUACGAGGGUGAAGAGGGAGGCGGUAACGGCGGUAGUGGAUCGCGGCGUUUCCGAGCGCGAGAAGUUGGGGCAAGUGUUCGAGGCGCGGAAAGAUCAACUGUUGAAGCAACACGAGGCUGUCAGGGAGCAGUUUUUAGAGCACAAAGAAAAGGCCCGCCAAACACUCCAAAAAGAAUUCCAGAUUCGGUUGGCGCAGAUGAAUGGAGAGUGUAGCAGCGGCGUACCAUAAAUGUCUCAACGCGGCCCCUAUAAAAGGGUCGCUAAAAACCCAAAAUUAAAUUGAUUUACUCUCCUCACUCGUAAAUCAACCUCGAAUUGAUUUACUCCUCACCUAAACCCGAUACGGGCACUUGAGACGCCGUUUAACGAGAAUAUAACAAUUAAUAAUAUGAUCAUCGGUUCUAGUCACUUUAAUUACCAAAAUGAGAUUAUUAUUAUUAAUUAAUUAAUACUGACAAAUAUUAAUUAAGAAAAUAGUUUAAAUAUAUAGGGAAGUAGCCAAAUAACUCUCUUUUCUCUCUCAGUUGAGGUCACAUUCCUAAAUAGUUAGUACAAUGGAUAAAAACUUUCUUUUCUUUCGUAAGACUGACCGAAACCGUAUUUAAAUCCUCCCCUCCCCUCCUAUAAGAAAGAAGUUACUUAAGGCUUAACAGUAUUAAGUUUAACUUGUGACAAUCAACUACGAAAUUGUAACCGGUAGUUAACUAGUCUUAGUUGUAGUUAACUAGGGAUUAGUUGUCCGGCUCGAAGGAUUAAAUAACUUGUGUGGAUUACAGUACUAUCCCUUAUUAGUCAACCAAAAAUUGAAUAAAUUAAAUUAAAUAAAGCAAACCCAAAAUUAGUGUAUUCUCGUCGUUUCAUAUUGUGAUAAUAGGAUUUAGUAACAAACAUAAGUGGUAUUAUUGAUUAAGUGCCCUUUGGAGCGCACUUGAGUUCUCUAUUAGCGCUUAUUAUUGUCUAUCGCGAUUAUAGUACAGUCAAAAGUAUGAAAACCCCUUCCACUAUCCCUUUAAGUCACUCCCACUGAUAAAUCCCUUCUCCUUUAACCAAAGCCACUCCCCCUUUAAGCAGCCAUGUUGUCCGGUGCGACCUUCCGAUUGGUCUAUAACGCAUGCGUAUUAGGAUCAUGGACGAGGUUUAAUAGAAAGUGGGAGGGGCUUAACUCCAAAAACGAACUCACCGUUGUAUAAAUACUGACUGUACUACUAUUUUUUUUUAAUUUAUAAUUAUGUAUAUCGAGUGCUAAAUAUUUUUUUGUUAAGUUGUAUGUUAGAAAUGUUUUGUAAAGGUAAGAAUGUAAAAAAUUAUCGAUUAUCUGUUAUAUUUUUUUUGUUUUCUAUUUUUUUGAGUCUAUUUACUACUUGAGUGAAUUCUGUUAUAAUGUAGAUGAUAAUAAAUUGAAAGUUAAACACUU